CAAAAGCUCUGGCGCCCUGAAGCUGCAUCAACGUGUUCACACUGGUGAGAGACCCUUCAGUUGCUCUCAUUGUGGGUCUGGGUUCAAGCAAUCAUCUGACCUCAUUGAACACCAGCGGAUUCACACUGGGGAGAGACCAUUCACCUGCUCAGAAUGUGGGAAGACAUUUGCUCGGAAAUCCACCCUACUGAAACACCAGCAAGUUCACACAAAGGACAGACCUUAUAAAUGCCCAGACUGUGGGACAUGCUACAAAAGAUCUGGGGACCUGAUGUUGCAUCAACGUAUUCACACUGACGAGAGACCGUUCAGGUGCUCCCACUGUGGGACUGGGUUCAGGCGGUCAUUCCAACUCACUGUACACCAGCGAAUGCACACUGGGGAGAGGCCAUACACCUGCACUGAGUGUGGGAAGGGAUUCGCUCAGAAAUCCAAUCUGCUUAAACACCAGCAACUUCACACAGAGGAGAGACCUUUUCAAUGCCCAGAAUGUGAGAAGUGUUUUAAAAGGUCUGGGGACCUGAUGUCACAUCAACGUGUUCAUAGUGAUGAGAAACCGUUCAAGUGCUCUCACUGUGGGGCUGGGUUCAAGUGGUCAACCCAACUCACUGCCCACCAGCGAUCUCACACAGGAGAGAGGCCGUACACCUGCACUGACUGUGGGAAGGGAUUCGCUGUGAAAUCCAGCCUGCUAAAACACCAGCGAGUUCAUGAGCAUUGACAGUGACUGGUUUUUGCUGUGAAUAAAUCCACACUUCCUUGUGUUCCUCCCUCUUUGCCAGAACGUCUGGAUGACAAUGAAAUAAAUCCACUUCUUAAAA